CCCGAUCCCACAUCACAACUCGGUAGCCCGACGCCCCAGCUCUCUUUCUUCCAGCGAUUCAAGCAGCUCGGCAAAGAGUACGGCUGGGUCGUGACUGGUGUCUACUUCGGACUUUCCGCUCUGGAUCUUCCCUUCUGCUUCCUGGCUGUCAGAGGGCUCGGCACCGACCGCGUCGCUCGCUGGGAACAUGCCAUCGUUGGAACUGUCAAGGACGCUAUCAAGGCUGUCAUGCCCGAUGUUGGCGCAAAGGCAGACGAUGUUGUAGAACAAGUCGAGACUGCUGUCGGCAGCCCUGCUGCUAGGGAAGGCAAUGUAUGGGGUGUCCCGGAGGCAGAUGCUCGCAACAAGGAAGAAGCAUCUCUGUGGACACAAUUCGUUCUCGCUUACGCCAUCCACAAGUCUUUCAUCUUCAUCCGAGUGCCACUGGCUGUAGCCGUUACACCAAAGGUCGUUAAAAUCCUGAGAUCUUGGGGUUGGCAAGUCGGAAAGAAGAAG